UAAGACAUGGAAGACACUUUAUUUCCUGUGGAAGGCACUUUAUUUCCUGUAGAUGUCACAGACAAUUUUACAGAUGACAGCUACCAGUAUGCAGAAACUGAUAAUACAGAAGAGUUCAGCAAUUUUGAAAAGCUAAAAAUAUUUACUAUAAUUUUCUAUAGUGUAAUCUUCAUCCUGGGGAGUAUUGGGAAUGGACUGGUUAUCUGGAUCGCUGGGUUUAAGGUGAAGAAGACAGUUACCCUUGUAUGGUUUCUCAACCUGGCUGUAGCUGACUUUGCAUUUGACAUCCUCUUUCCGCUCCAAAUUACAGAAUGGAUUAUGGACGGACAUUGGCCAUUUGGACGGAUAAUGUGUAAGACAAUCUUCACUGUCCUAUUCCUCAACAUGUCAGUCAGCACCUCUUUCCUCAUGGUUAUCAGUAUAGACCGAUGCACAUCAGUCAUGUGUCCUGUGUGGUCAAAAAACCACAAAACCCUGAAAUUAGCUACAACGGUCUCAGUAGUUAUCUGGUCAUCCUGCUUUAUACUCAGUUCUCCAUAUCUUGCUUUCUUUGAAGUUGCUCAUGACACAGACAGCAAUAUCUCAUACUGCCUUCCCAUAUAUGGUGAAGAUGAUCAUACAGAAAGCAUGAGGAACAAUGCUAUGAUCAUUUCCAGAUUUGUCUUCAUGUUCCUAAUCCCAUUUUCUAUGAUAAUAGUUUGUUACAGUCUCAUCACAUUUCGGCUGAGAAGAAACAGAAGUCUUUCUGGAUCAGGUCGACCUUUCAAAGUCAUUAUUACCAUUGUACUUUGUUUCUUCUGCUUUUGGUUCCCAUUCCAUGUCUGGCCCCUCUUUGACUACAUAAACAUUGACAUUGAUGCUGAUAUAGAUAUUGCCGUGUCUCAUAUUGUUUAUAGCCUAGGUUUCUUUAACAGCUGUGUAAACCCCAUUGUCUAUGCCUUUAUCGGUAGGGAUUUUAAAAAAAGUUUACUUAAGUCCAUUCCAUUUCUUCUGGAGAGCACAUUCCGAGAGAGGAUUGAGUCAGAUGCUGACAAUCAAUGUGUUCGGAGUAUGGUGGAAACUGAAAUGGAAACUUAUAACCCAUAAUUAUUGUAGGGGAGGGAAUAAUCUUCAUCUCCGUACUCCUAGGGAUAUAUUUACUAAAGAGCAGAUUUUUAGAAGUGGAGAUGUUGACCAUAGCAACUAAUCAGAUUCUAGCUGUUACCUUCUAGAAGGUACUAGAUACAUGAUAUUUAGAACAUGAGCAUUGGGUAUGUGGGACCGGCGGUAAGGAGACCGCCAGGCACCAUACUGAUG